AUGUCAGCCAUUGGAAGCGUAUUCUUGGGAGAUUUCCAGCGACAUCGUAUAAUAUCUUCCACACCUCCACCGUCAUCACCUCCGCCCAGCCAACUCGGACAUCAAAUGAGUGUUGGAUCUGUCUCACAAUUUCUCGAGGAACUCGUAGAACCUUUGGAUGAUGUCCAGUCAGAGCUGUCUGAUGAACAGCCGACUCCGGCUGCUGUGACGCCUUUAGCACAACUCGAACCGUCAACCGCACCUCCCGUCAUAGAUCCCAUCCUAUCGCUGGAGCUGAGACUCCGAUGGCUGGAAGCGCUGAUUCUAGGCGUGCGGCAGGAUGCGCGGGAUCGUAAAGGGAAGGACAAAGUACCAGAGCUCAAGCACGGUGAAACCCUCAUUCGCUUAGCCGAGGACGUACAACAGCGCCUCGACAACGUCAUACAAUCCAAUGAUGGCCUUCAGAGAUUCAUGAGCAAAUAUGACCUACACGCCCAUCUACUAACUGCAGCAUUCGCUCUGUCAGGGGUGCUCCCUGGGCCAGCCCCGGCAUACGAAAACAUGUCCCCAGAAGAACUUGAAGCGCUCCUGGUAGAGAUGGAACUAGAAAUUCGAGCUGCAGAUAGGGACAUGCGCGAGAUCGAAAUGCUAGAACAGAAAGGCGUCACAGCAGCUGGAAAACUCGCAGGUCCGUCGUGUAGACUCACACUGAUCGUUCACCGAGAUUCUCAUCUCCGAUUGUCUUUAGAUUAUGAAACCUUGCAGCCUCGUUUGGACGCGCUUUUGGAAGCGCAUCAGGAGGAUAUUAGAUUGGCUGCGUCGUUAGAGAAACGAAUAGCAGCUCUUGUCGACAGACAUGCUACUCAUGUGUGUAUUCGUUCGUACAUCUUCAACCAGUUUUCGCAAGUGGAUGCGCUCUCCGAACUUUUCGUGGCAUGGGAUGACGUCCUCACCGAAACCGAAAAUAAAGUCACAAAACUCGAACGUGAUCGCGAAGAGCGCCAACGACUAGGUUAUGAAUAG